AUGUGGACAACACCCGUUCGCGCCUCAGCCGCCGCGCUGAUGGCGUGGUCUGCUCUUAUCGGCAAUGCCGUCGCCCAAGUUCAUACCGAUUGCUUUCCCAUGAACAAGACCUGCCCGCCGGACCCCGCCUUGAGCAUGGACGCCAACUUCAACUUCAACAUCACGCCCAACUUCGACGUGUGGGAAUCAACCGCCCAGCCAGUCGCCUACGACCCGGACACGGGUGCCCGGUUCCGGAUCGGCCAACAGGGCGAGUCCCCCACCAUCCGGUCCAAGUUUUACUACUUCUGGGGACGCACUGAGGUGCACAUGAAGGCGGCCCAAGGUACCGGUGUCAUUAGCUCCAUCAUGAUGCUGAGUGACAACCUGGACGAGAUCGACUGGGAGUUCUUUGGCGGCAACGCGACCGUUGCACAGAGCAACUACUACGGCAAGGGCUUCAUUCCCGAGAAGUCCAACGCCAUCUACCACCAGGUUCCCCAAGGCGUGCACAACGACUACCGCAACUACACCACGAUCUGGACCAAGGACUUUUUGGACUUCUAUGUGGACGGGGACAAGGUCCGUCGCCUCGUGCCCGCCGAUGCCAACAACACCUACUACUACCCGCAGACCCCGAUGCGCCUAUCUAUUGGUAUUUGGGCCGGUGGUGACCCGCGCAUGCCUCAGGGUACGCGUGACUGGGCUGGUGGUGACACGGACUACAGCAAAGCGCCCUUUGACAUGUACGUUAAGAGCGUUCACGUCGAGGAUUUCAGCAGCGGCAAGGAGUACCAGUACAGCGACAAGAGCGGGUCGUGGGAGAGCAUCAAGAUCGUCGAAGGGAACUCAACCGUCCAUGAGGCCAUCAAUGCCCCGCCUGAGAAGUCACUGUCCGAGAAGUGGGCAGACCUUCCCCAAACCAGCAAGAUCGCCAUCUAUGCCAGUGUGGGCGGCUUCUUUGGGCUCCUGCUGUGCACCGGUCUCUUCUACUGCAUCCGCCAGCGCCGCCGUGGAGCGCGUGAGGCUAAGGCGGCUGAAUCUCGCGCCGAGGCUGAGCGUCUCGAGCUGGAACGCUUCCGCAAAGCCGGUGUUGACCCCGACAGUUUCGCCUCUCACGGCCACGAGUACAACGCCAAGGAAAUGCGCCGGGACGGCUUCGCCGAUGAAGACAGCUACAGCGUGACCGGGUCGAACAAUCUCGCCGCUACUACUCCGGCCUCGCCUCUUGACCACCGCUGGGACUCCAACGCCGCUUCCGCCUUGGGUGUGACCGCUGCCGGUGCCGGAAUCGGUGCGGCCGCCGCGGCCGGGAUGCGCAGCCCAGGCGGUGGAUCUCUCCGGAACGGCUCCCAAUCGCCCCGCAACGGGACCCCAGGACCGACUGGCAGGUUCCCGAACUCGCCCCAAGGUCGAAUGUCGCCCGCUCCGUCGCGGCACGCGGCGUCUCCCGGACCCGGUAGCAUGAGGAGUCCUCCACCAGGGGCAGGGUUUGGUUCGCCGAACCGCAGCUUCACAAGCCCCCGCAUGGGAUCCCCUGGGCCGCAGCAGAUUGCUCACCCGCAACCACAACGGGCGUUCACCACUGACAACUACGCCAACGCCAACCAUGGCCAUCAUGAUCAGGAUUUUGGAGAUGAUGGGUACGGGCAGGGGCAAGGUGGUGGGAGGGGGAAUGAUAACUAUUGGGGCGGUGGUAACGGCGGAGGUUAUGCGAGGUAG